AACUUAACGUGAACAAAAAUGUGAAUCAAGCACUUGGUCUUGGAAUGUCGAAAGGAAAAGGCAGGUCUUUGUGUCAAUUAAAUGUUGAUCGGUGUUGGAAUGUCGACGUGCGUGUACCAAGGUAGCUGUACUGGUACUACUACUGGCACACUGUGAUACACAGACGGAGCAAGUAACUGAAAUGAGGGCAGACUUUUUAAAAAGUAUAGGAGAGAUCUUGACACAAGAAUUGAGAAGAACAGUAAAGGUAGAUUUGCCUCAUCAGCACAUAGAGCUUCUGGGAUAAAAUGGAAAAUGCAGCGAUCAGUGGUGAAGACAAGCCUGAAGGCAAUGAAAUGAAGGAGAACUCUGCACGUCUUUUUAUCGCAAUUUCAGGUGUUCUUUUUUUGUAUGUGAUAUCAUCAUCUGCCUACAGCCCUUUAACUGAUCAGUAUGUGUAUUCUGCAUUGGCUCGCCAGUAUGGUCUCCCAUGUGGAGAUAACGACACGCAGCAUUCGUGCCAGAAGUCACAGUCCCAAUGCAUGAAGGAUAACACCAGUGAUCCAUUGUAUGAUUUGCGAGAGAAAGUUGAGGGAGAGUCAUCAAGUUGGGUUUUAUAUAUUACAGUACCUAAAGCAAUAAUUACUGUUCCAUUAUCUUUAUUAUAUGGGAGUUAUAGUGACAGAGGAGGCCGAAAAAUCCCCAUACUUAUGCCAUGCAUAGGCCUCUUGAUCAACUAUGUUAUUGUUGGAGUUGUCAUCUUCUUUCAACUUGAUUUGUAUUUUAUAGCCAUUGCUUGUGCUGUGGAAGCACUCUUUGGAAGCAUUGCCACAAAUUAUCUUGGGAUUUUUGCGUACACUGCAGAUAUAUCCUCAAUAAAAGUGCUGACAUUUCGUAUUGCGGUGCUGGAAGGGUUGAUUGGUGUGACAUACAGCUUGACUCAGCUUGGCCUCGGCUACCUCAUCGAAACCACAGGGUUUAUGUACCCUAUUUUGAUAGCAGCUGGACUGCAGCUUAUUAAUAUAAUUUAUGUGUGUCUUUUGAAGGAGACCAUUCAACGAAGUGAAGAUGCAAAAUUUUUAAGCUGUGAAAAUUUUCAGAAGAUCUUCAGGCUGUUUGUAGUAGACAAUGGAAGCCAUAGACUGUGGAAGAUCAGGUUGCUAAUGCUGUGCACUUUUAUUAUAGGUCUUCCUUGUAUAGCCGUGUACGAUGUCCAAACACUAUUUCAACUAAAUGCCCCGUUAUGCUGGACUUCAGUCAAAAUUGGUUUCUUUCUUGCCGGACGCUUUACUGCAAGUUUGCUAGCACAAAUGAUUCUCACCAAAAUAUUCAAUCGAUGGUUUGAUGAUGAUCUACUAGCAGUGGUUGUUAUAGUGAUGGGCAUUGCAUCAUGGGUAUUUGAGGCAUUUGCUACAACAGAUCUGUUGAUGUAUCUUGUUAUAGUUGUAGGCCUGAGCUUUGAUCCUUUUACCUUCCUACGUGCUAUGGCAUCCAAACUGGGCCACAAAGAUGAGCAAGGUGCUUUAUUUUCUACAGUAGCAGCAGUGGAGAGUCUGGCAUAUGGAGCAGGGCAGGCCACAUUCACCAACAUAUACACUGCCACACUGAGUUUAUUCCAGGGAAUGGUUUUCUUGGUGAUGGCUGGGUUUUAUGUGAUUGCUAUGGUCCCAUUUUUGUUUUAUAUUAUCAAGAUAAGAAAAGAAAACAAAUACAAACUCCUAGUCAAUACUCCCACAGCCCCAUCUGAUGACAUACUGAAUGCUUCUAAGGAGGGCCAUGUGAUCAACGAAUAAAGUCUGAACUGGCAUUGUUUCAUCUCAAGUUUGGUAGAUGAUAAACUAGAUAAGUUUAUUUUAAUUUGACAUUUAUUUGUUGGGAUAAUUAUUUGACAUUGGAUUUAACUAUAAAGGUUACAAUCAAAAUGUAACUUUCAAGUAAGAAGUUAUCAGUGAUGACAAAGAAUUGGAUGCAUAUAUGGACAAAUUUGGUAUCUUUAAAAUUUUACUCUUUUUUUAAAGAAUUUUAAACACAGCAUAUUAAAUUUGUUAAAAAAAUUUUAAGAUACCUCUGACUUCUUACCAUCUUAGUAGUACAUCUGUAUUGAAGAAUCCUGAAAUAUGAAAUAUAAUUAGGCAUCAUUUAAACAAAACUGUGUAUUGAAAAAAAUAUCUAUGCAGAUUUUGGUUAGCUAUGCAGUGUUAAGACUUUAGUCGUCCUUAUAUGUUGGGCAUUUGUUGAGCAUCAUGUAUGCCAUCAUAUUUAAGGAUAACUAAUGCAAUGGAGACAUAAUUAGGUAUAAGUAAUGUUUUGUUUAUAUA